AUGAAAUUCGGUUCGUGGACCUACAAUGGACAUGAAGUGAGUUUGAAACACAUUACACAAAAACGCAUUCCCGAGCAUGAAGGCAACGCGCAUAUCGACCACGCCAUCAACCUAAGGGACUUUUAUCCUUCCGUGGAAUUCGAGCUUCUCCAAGUAUCCGCUACCCGCCGUGCCGAGUACUACACCUGCUGCAAGGACCCCUUUAUCGAUGUGACAUUCAAACUGGCCCUGCGACGAAAGACCCUCUUUUAUACUAUCAACCUCAUCAUCCCCUGCGUGGGCAUCGCCUUCCUCACCAUCCUUGUCUUCUAUUUGCCUUCACAAAGUGGUGGGAAGAUCGCCCUUUCAAUAAAUGUACUCCUUGGGCUGACAGUCUUUCUCCUCCUCCUAACUGAGUCCAUUCCUCCCACGGGUUUGGCGAUGCCUCUGAUUGGAAAGUACCUCCUCUUCACAAUGGGUCUUGUCUCUCUCUCUAUCCUCAAUACAAUUUUUGUGCUCACCUUGUACAACAGGACUCCG